AAAGGAGAGCGAGGAAGUGUUUGCUGGAGUCAGUGUUGGUUGUUGAGCUAUGUACAAUGCAGCCACAUAAUAUUGGACACGACACAGCAGACAAGCUCUGAGGGAAGGAGGGGAAGUAAGUGGGUGGGAGCUAGGCUAUGGUCUGUUAAAUGGCUCUCCUUCCCCAUACGCAUUUUGUCUUCUACAAUAUCACUUAUCUAGUCCUUUCUCAUCAACGGUCAUGAGAACUUGUUCUCAACUAGCUUACCUGGUUAAAUAAAGGUGAAAUUAAAAAAUGGAUGCUUUUGAAAGUAAGCUAUGGGAUGGAGUAUGGUAGAGAGUAAGGGGAGAAAGAGAGCGUGUGUGUGUGCAACCUAUAAUGUCUUCCCUCCUGCUCCUUUACAUACAGGACGUGUCCUAGGAUCUGUGGAAGCCUCCCCACCGUGCUACGUCGUCCCAGCAUGCAGUAGGGGCGGUCCACCUUAACUCCACAGUUCACGGCAUCGCCAUCUAAAGAACCAGGAUGUUUACAGGUUCUACCAAGAACCCAACCCCUAAAAUACCUCAGCCUGAGCGGCUGGACGAGGUGUACUCUGCACUGAGGAGAGGCCUACAGUCAUUCCUGCAGGUCCACCAGCUGGAGCUGGACAGCCUGGGGCAGCAGAUCAGAGAGAGCAAGAGAAAUGGCCGUCUGGGGUCUCUGUAUGAGUUGGAUAAGCAAGUGAAGGCUAUAGAGAGAUUUAUGCGUCGCUUGGAGUUCCACCUCAGCAAGGUAGAGGAGCUGUACGAUGCUUACUGUAUGCAGCGGCGGCUGAGGGAUGGGGCCAGCAAGAUGGUGGCAGCCUUUAACUCUGCCACAGGGAGCAAGGAGGCACGGGAGAGCCUGAAUGAGGCCAACAGGGGCUACAGGGAGUACACUGAGCACAUGUGUUCCCUGGAGAGUGAACUGGAGAACCAGAUGGGAGAGUUUCAUAUCAAGAUGAAAGGUCUGGUUGGCUAUGCACGGUUGUGUGCAGGAGACCAAUAUGAGGUCCUGAUGCGUUACGGGCGUCAGCGCUGGCGGAUGAAAGGUCGUGUGGAGGUCAGCAGUAAACAAGUGUGGGACAGUGAGGACAAUGUCUUCCUGCCUCUCAUCACAGAGCUCCUGUCAAUCAAGGUGACUGAGCUGAAGAGCUUGGCCAAUCACGUGGUGGUUGGCAGUGUGUCUUGUGAGACACUCGACCUGUUCUGUCCGCUGCCUCAGACGGUUGCCGUGGAUAUCAACGACUUGGGGACAGUAAAACUGAACCUAGAGGUCAACUGGAGUCCGUUUGAUAAAGAUGACCAGACCUCGUCCUCCAGUACGGUUUCCAAGCGCUUUUUGUCCAAUCAGAGCCCUCCAGACACUCCUUCCAUGCGCGAGCAGGUGUUUUAUAGCAUUUCUCCUCGGAGCAGGGCCAGACUGGGCCAACGCUGGUCAACGUUGGAGGUGUUCCGUGACACCUUGGCAGACAGGCUCUCUCCACCCAGCCGCGUCCACUCACAGUUGUCUCUAUUGAGGAGACCAGGGGAGCUGGAGAAUGGUACAGUCUGGUCAAACUCCUCUGAAUCAUCAGACGACUCUUCCAGCCCAGCCAUGGGACACACACAAAGGAUGAUGGCCACUCACAGCCUGCAGACCACACCCACUAUCCAGAUCUCCUUCAACCCCCGCCAAUCAAGCGUCUCUACCCCAUCCCUCUCGUCCAAUCAUGAGGAAGGGGAGCCAGGCACCACCAAGGGAUUUGGCGAAACAGACUCUGUGAAGUGUACACUGCUGAAUGGCCAUUUGAAGUGUUCUCGAUCUCUCAGCCAUAUCAGUGAGAGAGCCAUAGACUGUGCUUCGACUAACAGGUUGUCUGACCAAUCGGUUGAAUCCUCUGAAACGCCAGAACCCCUACCCCGCUUAGACCUUGAAGGCUCCUAUGUGGCUUCUCACUGCUCUAACCAGGACAUGCAUGAAGCCUUGGACUUGCCUGAAUCUGGGGGCCCAGAGUCAUGCGUUUCAACCCCAGUGGAUCAGGGUGAUGCUCCUCCGGCCUCAACACUGCCGGCUGAGAAGCCUAGGGCUGGAGUAGAGCCUCUUCCCACAGACCGUGUACUGGGAGAGGGACUGAGGGAGGAAAAGUCCUCCACGGAACACAAUCACAGACUCCAAUCUACCCAGCCACAAGAGCUAACACUACCAGAAGAGACAGUGACUGGUCGAUCUCACAGUCGGUCCUCCAGCUUCACUCAGGAAGUUGAGACUGCCCUGGAGAGCUUUGAUUUUCUCAACUGCUCUGACCUUGAUGAUGAUGAUGAAGAGGAGAAAGAACAAGAAGAAGAUGAACAGGAGAGGGAUGAGAAGGAGAAGGAAGACAAGACAAGGGACUCUGCUGAUAGGUCAGCAUUCUCUUCUCUUAUGUAUCAGGCUCUAACUGAACUCAUCCUGCCAUCUAGUGUUUGGAAAGCGGAAUGUAGUGAUGAGUGUGAGGACGAUGUUAUAGAAAUCAUUGUCGAGGCCCCUGAAGGCUUCCGGAAUGAGGACUGUCCUCCUCUAGAUGCAGACUGCAGCUCUGAGGAGGAGAGUAGCGAGCAGCUGCAGGCCUCCAAUGAGACAAGGGACGAGCAGGAGGAAGAAAAGGAGAAAGUGGAAGACAAGAAGGAGGAGGAGCAGAUUACAGAGAAGGACAUCCCUGCCAGGCAGGAGCAUGGUGAUGAGGCAUCCUGUGAUGAGGAACCCCGCUCCACCCCCAGCAUAAUGGCCACCACUGUCCUUUAACAUAAUGGAGAUGCCACUUCCCCAGACCAUUAUCGGAUGCCAUCCUAAUCCCACCACUUUCCUAAGAGAUCCUUACCAUUUCACCACUAACAGAUCAAAGAGCUCCGCUCCCCUUCUAGAUCAGACAAGCGAUUUCUGCCAUGUGGGUGGAGAUUGCGCAAAUGAACAGAAAUGUAUUUGCUUCCCUCUCUCCACUCGUGAUUGAAAACAUUUAUGACUAUUGUUGUCCACUCAUCCAAAGGCCACAGGUAUGCACACAGUCACCUUACAGUGAAGGUAGACAUCUUUAGUCUAAUGGAGCCUCUUCAAUCAGAAAGUGCCUCAAGUUAAAGGGGGAUUGUCAGUUAACAAAUACAUGAAGAAAAUGUACUUUUAUUACGAACCAGAGAAGAAUAUGAAUGAGUAUAGAGUUUUGAUACAUUGUUUAUUUUUAGGAUGACUUACAGAUUGUGCACAAUAAAAUAUACAAUUCUUUACUGUUUCAUAUAAAUAAAUAAUGUUGAGCAAAUAA